AUGGAUGAAGAGUACGAUGUGAUAGUGCUCGGAACCGGUCUCAAGGAGUGCAUCCUCAGCGGUCUUCUCUCUGUCGAUGGCCUUAAGGUUUUGCACAUGGACCGCAAUGACUACUAUGGUGGGGAAUCAACUUCACUGAAUCUUAUUCAGCUUUGGAAGAGGCUUAGGGGAGGUGACAAGCCUCCAGAUCAAUUGGGUGCUAGCAGAGAAUAUAAUGUUGAUAUGAUCCCAAAGUAUAUUAUGGCAAAUGGUGUUCUUGUUCGUGUCCUAAUUCAUACCAAUGUAACUAAGUAUUUGUCCUUCAAAGCUGUUGAUGGCAGCUUUGUGUACAACAAAGGGAAGAUUCACAAGGUGCCUGCAACUGAUAUGGAGGCCCUCAGAUCUCCUCUCAUGGGCAUCUUUGAAAAGAGGCGUGCAAGGAAAUUUUUCAUUUAUGUCCAAGAUUACAAAGAAAAUGAUCCAAAGACUCACGAAGGCAUGGAUUUGGCAAGAGUUACUACUAAAGAACUCAUUGCAAAGUAUGGCCUUGAUGACAACACGGUUGACUUCAUUGGUCACGCACUAGCUCUCCAUAGAGAUGACAAUUACUUAAAGGAACCAGCAUUAGAUACUGUGAAAAGGAUGAAGCUUUAUGCAGAGUCUCUGGCACGUUUUGCUGGAGGGUCACCAUACAUCUAUCCUUUGUAUGGCCUUGGAGAGCUUCCCCAGGCGUUUGCUCGUCUAAGUGCUGUAUAUGGUGGAACUUACAUGUUGAGCAAACCUGAGUGCAAGGUCGAGUUUGAUGAGGAAGGCAAGAUGUGUGGCGUUACAUCAGAAGGGGAAACAGCUAAGUCUAAAAAAGUUGUAUGUGAUCCCUCGUACCUUCCAAACAAGGUUAAGAAGGUUGGCAAAGUAGCUAGAGCUAUAGCUAUCAUGAGCCAUCCUAUUCCAAGCACCAAUGAUUCCAAUUCAGCACAAGUUAUCCUACCCCAGAAGCAGCUGGGUCGCAAAUCCGACAUGUAUUUGUUUUGUUGCUCAUAUUCUCACAAUGUUGCCCCAAAAGGAAAAUACAUUGCUUUUGUCUCGACUGAAGCAGAAACUGAUAACCCCCAGAGUGAACUCAAACCUGGUACUGAUCUUCUAGGAGGUGUGGAUGAGAUUUUCUUUGAGACUUAUGAUCGAUUUGAACCAGCCAACAAGCCUUCUCUAGACAAUUGCUUCAUAACAACAAGUUAUGAUGCAACCACUCACUUUGAGUCCACCGUCGAUGAUGUGCAGAAUAUGUAUACCUUGAUUACAGGAAAGGUUCUUGAUCUUAAUGUUGACUUAAGUGCUGCAAGUGCUGCUGAAGAAUGAGAAUGUUGGUUGUUCUAUGCUUUUAUCCUACUAAUGUCUUAUGGAUGCAAGAAUUUGCCUUGUAAAAUCCGAG